AUGGGAAUUGCCAAAAGGCCGCCUGCUCCCGGUCCGAGGGAUCCAGGGAAGGUGCCGGCCCGUGGGGCUUCGUGUAGAUUUGGGGAGCUGUCUGUCGAGCGGCCUCUUUGCCCAUGUGUGUCUCUCCCUAGGUCUGACCCAGCUCCGCAGCCUGCUCCCGGGGCCCCCGAAGGGGGAGCCCCCGAAGGAGGAGCUCCUGAAGGGGGAGCCCCCGGUGCAGGCCCCCCCGGGGCUCCCCCUAAUCUGAGCAGUAAUCGCCGCCUGCAGCAGACCCAGGCCCAGGUGCAGGAGGUGGUUGAUAUAAUGUGUGUAAAUGUAGACAAGGUGCUGGAACGAGACCAGAAACUGUCAGAGCUAGAUGACCGGGCAGAUGCACUUCAGGCCGGUGCCUCAAUAUUUGAAAGUAGCGCAGCAAAACUCAAAAGGAAGUACUGGUGGAAGAACUGUAAGAUGAUGAUCAUGAUGGGAGUGAUUGGUGCCAUUAUUGUGGUGGUGAUUGGAAAUGACUUGAUGUCUGAACAUGGCCAUUUCAAGUUUUAUAAAGGCGAGCCUACAUGAUUACCUCAGUCAAGUGCAACAGGCUAAACACAGUUAAGUGAAAGGGGCAUUGUUAUUAUCUAAAAGGCAUGUGUAAGAGUAAAGUCUCUCUCCAGAAAGAACAAAAGAACAAUAAUUAGUCUGGUGGGAGUUGUCAAAUACUCCUUUCAUCUAUGCACACACAAGCCAGGACCCUGUAGCUUUCUACUAUCUUGUAGCUUUCUUGAAGGAAGACCUUGGGGCAGAAUGGGAAUGGGUGUUUGCUUUUGUGUUACUGGGUUGGAUGUCAAAGGAAGCUCACUGCUGUAGCAAAUGGAGGUGAAGGGGACUUGUGAUAUUCCAGAUGAAACUGAAUGAGCGGCAUAGCUUUCUGAUUAAGAGUAUCUGUUCCAUUUCUGCUGCCACAAAACACUAACUUUCAGCAGGAGUAGGAAAAUACUUGAAAUGGUUACCUAGGGAUUCAAAGGGAAAUGCUGCUUUAGGCAUGGAUAUUGCAAAGUGACAGCAGAUGUUAGGUCUCUAGAGAUCUAUCAAGCUGAAAUCCUCCUACUUGCUAUGGAUUCUCCUGAAUUUAGAUCCAGGGUGGUCUCUGCUGUAAGUGAACUUGCAGUGUGGAAUGCUCUGUCAUUCUGUAAGGAAUCCCCUUGUUCUUCUCCAUCAAAAGUAACAAGAGCUGUGAAUUGCUUCAGUGUGUUGUCAGACAUGGCAUUAAAUGAGCUGCCCUGUUUCUGUAGAGUCUUCCAAGGAAUGUGUAUCUUGUCUUUUUUUUUUUUUUUUUUUU